GCUGCUGUGGUAAGGCCCACCGACGGUUCAGGGUCCGCCCGAUCCGCUGAGUGACGGGACGGAGGACUGCCCGGAGUCUGUCGCUGGAGAAGGCUCCCGGAGUGAACUAUUGUCCGUGUCGUCUGCUAGGGGUGUGUGAGAUCCGCAGCACCCUCAGUGUCGAGUGCUAGCCGGCGGGAGUGGCUGGAGAUCUCAUCAGAGGGCUUCUGAUAAUCGGAAUCUCGGAAAUCAUGGAAUUUAUCCCCACUGUGGACAUGGAAUCAGAAGACCUGCGGGAGCUGAGUGACGACGCCCGUCGCCUGGCGCUGGGCGAGCGGAUUCUGGCGGCCCUGCGCGGCAUCGGGUUCGUGUACCUGCUGAACCACGACCUGCCAGAGUCGCUGCGCAGCUCCGUGUUCCAGACUGGCCUCCGGUUCUUCGACCUGCCGCUGGAGACCAAGCUCAAGUACCACCGGUUCGUGCGAGCCGGCGCUAACGGCUACAUGCCGCCCGCCGAGGAGGAUCUAUCGCGCUCCGAGACCGCUGACGGCGCCGUCCACGAGCUCAAGGAGUCCUGGGACAUGAGGACGCCGGACGGCGGCCUGCCGACCGCUGACGCGCCGCAGUUCGGCGCUGACGUCAGCUCGCUAAUGCCAGCGCUGUCGGCGCUCAGUCUGCGCGUGCUGGGCGCGCUGGAGGCGGCUCUGGGCCGGCCGGGUCUGUUCAGCACCGCUCACCGGCGGCAGCUGGGGGCUGCCAACGGUUCCACGCUGCGUGCCGUGCACUACCCUCCAGUGCCGGGCGCGGUGCCGGCCGGCGCCGUGCGCUGCGCCACCCACUCGGACUGGGGCAGCGUGACGCUGCUGCUGCAGGACCAGUGCGGCGGCCUGGAGGUGCUGAGCCGCGCUGGCCGCUGGGUGCCGGCGCCGCCCGUACCCGGCGCCGUGCUGCUCAAUGUCGGCGACCUGAUGGAGAUCUGGACCGGCGGAGAGGUGGUGGCCACCAAACACCGGGUGCUGGUGCCGCCGGAGGAGCGCGCGCGCUGCUGCCGCCGGCUCUCCGUGGUCUUCUUCAGCCAUCCGGACGACGAGGUGACGGUGGCGCCGCCCGACGGCAGCCAGACGUACCACGCGGUCAACGCCGGCGAGUACUUGGCCGACAAAUACAACGCCACCAACCCCAGUGCACCAAAACAGGGCUAGUGCAUUACGGGGCGGCGUCUCGGCUGUUUUGACCAUUGUAUCGUAAUUAUGUAUUCGAAGGUAUGCUACUUACUUAGUCCCAGGAUACAUCGUCAUAAGAUUCGUAUCGAAUGGUAGGUCGAUGCGUAAUUCGGUAAAGUACACCGCAUAUCGUGUAUCACACUGCUGGUCCAAUUCUGAUAGCGCUCUACGCGGGUCCGUGAUCUAUGUAGACGUCAACAUCGGGCCCUAAUGAUGACUGGGUCAAUACGUCUUUGUCUUGCACACGGCACGGGCAGUGCUAAUUUUGUUUCUGUCACCAGUGCCCUUUCAUAUAAGCGGAUCAAUCGGGCGAGGCAAGGCACCGGAGGUGCGGGUUCGGUGUAUUCAACGUAGUUAUUAGUUAACAAAGGGCGAAGCUCUGAAGUAGAUUAAAUACGUAGCUUGUUUUUCUUUUCGAGUUUUUUUUUUCACGAUUUCAAGCACUGAGCGAAAUGAAAAGUUAUAUGGCUUGCACAAUCUUAUCGGCGAAAUAAUGAGCGUAGUAAAUGUCA